CAUUAACUUUUCGUGGUGGGUUUUGGUGUUUGGGCUUCUGAUUUACACCGUCUCCGGCGGUUGCCCGCUCACCUGGACCGGCUUCUCCGUCGAAGCCUUUUCUGGGCUUUGGGAGUUUGUUAAAUUAUCGGCUGCUUCCGGCCUCAUGCUCUGUUUGGAGAAUUGGUAUUACAGAAUACUGAUAGUGAUGGCUGGAAAUUUGGAGAAUGCUAAGAUUGCGGUGGAUGCUUUAUCCGUAUGCAUGACAAUUAAUGGCUGGGAAUUGAUGAUUCCUUUGGCUUUUUUCGCCGGUUCCGGAGUGAGGGUGGCGAAUGAGCUCGGAGCUGGAAACGGAAAAGGAGCAAAAUUUGCCACAAUGGUGGCGGUUGUGACAUCGGUCAUAAUUGGACUAUUUUUCUGGGUAUUGAUUAUGAUAUUCGACUCCAAAAUCGCUUUGAUAUUCACUUCGAGUAAAGCAGUGCUCAAAGAAGUUAAGAAGCUCUCUGUUCUCUUGGCCUUCAGUAUUCUACUUAACAGUGUUCAGCCUAUUCUCUCGGGCGUGGCAGUUGGUUCGGGGUGGCAAUCAUAUGUUGCAUACGUGAACUUAGGUUGCUAUUAUCUAAUUGGAUUGCCUCUUGGUUUUUUGAUGGGUCGAGGCUUCAACCAAGGAGUUAUGGGCAUAUGGGCUGGAAUGAUAUUUGGUGGAACAGCAAUUCAGACAUUGAUCUUGUCCAUUAUGACCAUUCGAUGCGAUUGGGAUAAAGAGGCAGAGAAAGCAAGCAUGCACAUUAAGAAGUGGGCAGAAGAAACUCCAGAGCACUAAGUUAUAUUUUUCUUUCUCAAAGUGGAAAUAUUCACAUAUGUUUAUUUGCUUCCCAUAUUAAUAAGCAAAUGCUCUCUCUCUCUCUCUCUC